CUUUUUCUAAGUGUAAGGGGUUUUCAACUAGAUAAACAAAAUAUUUCGGGGGGCUAACAACAAAAAUAAUUAUAUUUUAGAACAUCGUGAGAAUAACAAAAAUAAACAAAAAAAUAUGUUAAAAAGUCGAGGAAUUCUUCAAACUUUCUGUAGAUAUAAACAUGGAAAAAAUCAUUGGUCGAGACUUGAAAAUAAAAUUUACACCAAAGAUCGUGCCAUGGCAAAUUUUGAUGAUUUUUAUAAGAAUGUUUUCGGUAAUCGAUGGAAUUCAAUGAGAGUUGCUCUAUUAUGUGAGCAUAAAUAUGUUGCGAUGAUUAAUAAUUUUGGUGAUGUUGAAAAAACUGCUGCAAUGUUGGAAAGAGAUGGAGCGAUGAAUAUUCGAGAUGUUUAUAACAUCUCGAAAAAAAAUCAAGAAUUAAAAGGUGGACCGGUUAUCCCAAAACGAGCAAAAAUUGUAAAAGAAGUCAGUGAGUUUAUUGAUCAACAAAAAGAAAUUGAAAUUAAUGAAUUAUAUGGUGAAAAAGAACGAUAUCAUACUUCUGAUCUUAAAACGUCAUCUAAAACCAAAGAAAUUGAUUAUAAAAAACCUCUUUCAAAAGUGAUUGAAGAAAAUUCAGAAAUAGACUGCAAUCGAGUUGUAAAUCCUGAUUUUGGAAAUGCAGGUCUGCAAGAAUUCGUUCCAGCAACAAAAAUCAAAGGAAUGGAAGAUUGGUUACUUGAAUCAGAUCAUUAUCAAUAUUACAGCAACACUGCUGACUUUCCGCUUAAGAUUGAGAUGGUUCAAGAAUUCAAAGUCCCAGAAAAUCUUCAACUUUUUACAUAUGAGAAGGGAAACAUUUCCUCGUUUAGAACUCCAAGUAGAUGCUCAACAGGAGUUUUCUCGCAUUUUCUUAUGGACGGAGCAUCAAUUUUACCACCACUUGCUCUUGACAUUCAACCUAACGAUUACGUUUUCGAUGCAUGUGCGGCACCAGGAGGAAAAUCUCUUUUAAUGAUUCAAAGUCAUUUACCAAAAGUUCUUAUUUCGAAUGAUUCUUCUCUUGGUCGUUGUAAUCGAUUGACUAAACUUAUGAAUCAAUUUAUCUAUGAAUUCGGAGAGAAUAAAAGUAAACAUCGUUGUGUGAUAAGAAAUGAAGAUGCAAGAAUCACAUCUGAGUUUGGAAGUUAUGAUAAAGUAUUGGUUGAUGUUCCGUGUACAACUGAUCGUCAUUCAGUGAAUGUUGAUGACAACAAUAUCUUUAAAACAGGAAGAAUAAAAGAAAGACUUCGACUACCAGAACUUCAAUCUGCAAUUCUAACAAAUUGUAUAAAACUUUUAAAACCUGGUGGAUCAAUUGUAUAUUCGACUUGCAGUUUAAGUCCAGUGCAAAACGAUGGAGUUGUUCACAUGGCUUUAUCAAAUGUCUUUAAAGAUCAUGGCAUUACAAUGACUAUCAAUGAUCUUUCACUUGUCAUGCAACCUUUCUUCAGCAUUAUGAAAUUUGAAAAUCCCAAAGGACUUAAGUAUGGGCAAAUGGUGAUACCUUUUCUUCCAGCAAACUUUGGUCCCAUGUACUUUUGUAAAAUGACUAGAAAUGUAUAAUAAAAAGCUUUCACAUUGACACUUGAUAGUAACAUUUAAG